CAGUACAUUUGUCUAGUUGGGUUUAAGAAACAUUUCGAGCAGUAAAAAGUAAAAUUAAGUAUCAAGCCAAGACGCGACAAUUAGUAAUUUUUAGUCAAAUAUAGGUCUUUAUAUUUUUUGUUUAGAGACAUAUAGACAUCAGCAUUUUCUGUGCUCAAGCUUUUACUAAUGGCUGGAAAAGUCUUCUGUGAGGCAACAAAACUGUACAACAUCCUAAAUCAAUACACUUUUCUACCAAGGCUAGCAGAGAGCAACUAUCUUUGUUUGAUUGAUGCCCGUGCAGCAGAAUCAUAUAACUUCAGCCACAUCAUUACUGCCAGAAAUGCUAAAUGGGAUUCUGAUGGGAAGUUUAUUAUACCCUUGGAUGUUGAGGUUGAAAGUAUGAGAUGCAUAAUUGUCUAUGACAGUAGUACACAUUCACUGUCAGAUUCAGGUCCAGCUAUAGACUGUGCAGACAGCAUAGAAAAAUCAAGCCAAUUUCCUGUUCAGAUUCUUAGUGGGGGCUAUGAGAAGUUUUCUGCACUCUACCCGUUCCUAAGAACUCCAAAGAUUCUUUACAAUAUUAGGGAAUUGGAGAGCUUGAAUCCCUAUCCUGUGGAAAUCUUGCCAGGCAAGCUUUAUAUGGGUGAUUACAGGCAGGCCACAAACCUUCAAAUCCUUAAAGAUCUGAAGCUGAAUGCUCUUGUCAAUGUCUCUGAUGAAUGCAGUCUUGUGUGAGCCAACCCACCAUUUCAUAUAUACAGUGGGGCAAAAAAGUAUUUAGUCAGCCACCAAGCAGAUUUGAUCACUUCAUUCGAGAGAAUGUGUGUUUUUAUUGGUUCACAUCUCAAUAACUCUUCUUCUGUUUUGAUAUUCUCUACUCUUGGAGUAAGCCGAUGCUGUGCUGUAACAAUGGCAUAUCUUAUGUAUCACCUCAAAUACACACUUAAGGAGGCAUGGAAUCAUAUUCAGCAGUGCAAAGCCAACAUGAAGCCAAAUCGAGGAUUUGUACAGCAACUUUCUGACUGGGAACUUCAGACUCUUGGGAAGAGAGUGACAGAUAUAUCAGAACCCAACUACUGACAAUAACAACAUUUAACAUCAUGUGCGUAUUCAUAUUCAAUGACUUUCUACAGUCACUAAUGAUACAGAAUCAUAGAUGUUUAUUUAAUGUUAUAUAUCAAUUAAAAUAAUAUUUAAAAAAACUACUUCCAGUAAACACACUAUAGACUAUAUUAGAAUGUAUAAAAUAGUUCUAAGAUUUUCAUCCACUUUACU